AUGCCGCCUUCAACUGCUGCCCCCUAUGCGCUUCAGACGGACAAGCUGAAGCCACUGGAGGGCUGCGUAGCUGGUUGCUCUGCUUCCACUGCGGAAAUGGCAUCGCAGGGUGCAUCCUCACUGCAGCCGGUUGUUCUCGCCAUCUGCGGGAGCUUCAACCCUAUCCACAACGCGCAUCUGAAGCUCUACGACGCCGCAAAGCAGUCCAUAGAUGGCGCUGAUGGCCAUGUGGUUCUCGGCGGAUUUCUCUCCCCAGUCGGCGACGCCUACAGAAAACCAGGCUUGCAUAGCGCGGCGGAUCGUGUGCAGAUCAUGAGGAAGGCACUUUGUCACCACCCCGACCUCAACGUCGACACGUGGGAGUGCCAGCAGCCCGUGUACACGCGCACCUUCUUUGUACUGCAAGCACUGGAGGAGCAUGUCAACGCGUGGUACGCCCAAUCUGAGCCGGCGGAGAUGGAGUGGCUGGCCUCGCGUGACCUCCGCGUACGAGUUGUUUUCGUGUGUGGCGCCGACCUCUUCUCUUCGUUUUGGAUCCCCGGCUGCUGGCCGCUACGUCUGCUGCGACGACUCCUCGACUCAUUCCGUGUGGUUGUCGUCCACCGCGACGGUGCUCGAGGCGGUGUCAGGGGUGCCGAUGACUUCGCACAUGUCUGCCAGACGGCGCCGCUGCUGUCGGAGACGGCGGAGGGCGGAGAGAAGAUUGUGAUCGACAUGUCCCGAUACACGUUUACGUUCGCGACCCUCUCCGCGCCGGAUGACACGUCAUCUACAGCUGUGCGGGCUUCGGCGAUGGAGCUUGCAAAGACGCCGCUAAGCGAUGCGGUGGCGCGCGCAGCCCUGCAGUCGCGUCUCCGCGCCAUGCUGCCCGAGGCUGCCGUGCAGUCGGUGGUGGAGCUCUACGGAGAGGUGCUGACGUCUUGA